AUGACUACAACAGCAGAAUUAACUAAAUAGCUAUUAGAAUAUCAUGGUUGCAUUUAUGAAGAGAAUGUUGUUCAUCAACUCAAUGAGUAUGCUAAGAAGCUUAUGAAAACUAUUUUAGAUGGAGCAUCAAACUUAGCUGAUAUGUAAAAGAGAUAAAAUAUUACAACUGAUGAUAUAAAGUUUUUAAAUGAUAUAAUUAUGUUAGAAUAGCUUAUGAAUAUCUAUAAAAUCCAAGCAUUAAUACAAAUGAUCUAAUUUAAUUAGCAUCAGAUAAGAAUAAUCAAUAAUUGAAUGAUCAACCUAAAGAUUAGACUAAUUAUGGAGCUAGAUUACCUAAUGGAGAAACUAAUAAGCUUUAAAAACCUAAUUUUUAAGUUAUUGUUAAAACUCAAUCUGAUUCAAUACCACUAGUUUAAUAAUAAAUGGAAAUUGAAAAGAAUCCCAAUAAAUAACAAUAAUAACAAUAAGCACCUAAAUUAGGAAGAAAGAAGCUUAAUAUUGAAAUGGAGGAAGAUCAAUGA